GUGGAAAUAAUUGUGGAAAUCAUAUCUUUUUAGUGUAUAUAUAGAUAAAAAAAUAAUCAUGGGUGACCAACCACCUGCCUUCGAUCCUUGUGAGUGUAUUUUUAGUCCAGCAGGCGCAAUGCGAAGGUUAAUAUCACUGUUACGUAACUCACAAAGUUAUUGCACAGAUGAGCAAUGCUUUGGAACGCCCCCCAGUCCUGGAAACAAUGAAGAUACAGGCUUGACCAUGGUGUAUAUGGCUAUUGCUUGGGUUGUUUUAGCAAUGGUAUUGUACAUGAUGAGACCCCAAAGUUUACGAGAUGGCAAUAAACCUUCACAAAUGAGGGAUGACCAUGAUGAUGAUCACCAUUCACAGCCACCCUUGAUGUAAUUUUUUGUAUAUAAAACGCAAUUCUAUUACACAUAAAACUAUUAUAAAGAUGGUGUGGAAAUUAUAUUUUUUUUGAUAUACACUUAAGUGUAUAUUUCCUAAUUGUGUUAUAAAUUUUUCUGUACUUUUUGUUUGUCAAAAUGUGUUUCCUUCUCUGGGUGUUCCUUAUAUAUUUAAUUGCUACGACAGACUUAUUUGAAAAAUGACAAAUUGUUUUACUAACAACAAUGCAUAUUUGGGAUAUUGUUUAAAACCCUCUCAAUCCAACAUACUUGAACACUUGGGAAGCUGUUACGCAUAUUUUUUACUGUCCCAAAUUGCUUCGAUUUUUAAUUUCCACAUCAAGUCAUUUUCUUUUUAAUUCCUAUUUCAUUAUCAUUAGUUUCUAUACAAGAUCUUUACUUGAAAAAAAAAGGUUU